AUGCUGAAUAGGUGGAGUAUCGCUCUAGCCGCAUAUAACUAUGACAUCCAGCAUCGUCCAGGAAAGAAAAUCCCGCAGGCCGAUUUCUGCUCUCGCUUCUCACGAAUUUCUGAGGCCGAACAGUGUCAUUUAAUCUCUCCAAUAUUACCAGUGUCCCCGGAAUCUUUAUGCAAAUCUAUCAAACAGUACUACUCAGUCAUACUCUCAGCGAUCAAGAAAGGCUGGUCACCAGAGGUAAGGAGAAAGUAUCCUCAAUUCUCUGCUCACCGAGAGGAGUUGUCACUACAAUUGAAUGGUGUAUUGUGUUGCGACGAUCGAUUGGUAAUCCCACCGCCACUACGGAAGACGGUACUAGAAGAAUUGCAUAAAGGACAUAUGGGGGUGGAGAAGAUGAAAUCAUUGACUCGACAGAUGUUUUGGUGGCCGGAGUUGGACACAGACAUUUACGCAACAGCCAAGAACUAUUCGGUUGGCNGGCUUGGGCCUGCCGAAGGCUUGGGGUCUACACCCACAAUGGACAAUUUGGCUCCGGCAAUGGUUGUUGGGCGCGGUUGUAUCCACCGUUCAGACUACAUGCGUCCGCAUUCCGGACCAGGUUGA